GCUGACUAAAUCACGUGUUCAGGCAGCACAAACAUGGCUCUUACGUUAAAAUAAGGAUGUACUGCUCAGUGUUUAGAAGACAAUAAAUGCAUAAUGUGUCAUAUAUGUGGGCGAUAUUUCCACUUGCUAUGUCUGAUUGUACUGGUGGAUGUCGCGUUUUCAGGGAAGAUGAAAAUAGUGGAGGAGCCCAAUACUUUUGGGCUAAACAAUCACUUCCUGGCCCAGGGUACAAGGCUACAGGCUAGGACCAACCCUUCCCCUGUAAUAGGACCCCCCCACCUACAUCAUCUGGCAGGAAAGUGCUUCAGUUACAUCGAAUCCACGUAUAAAUAUGAGUUCUGCCCAUUCCAUAAUAUAACCCAGCAUGAACAGACAUUCAGGUGGAACGCCUACAGUGGAAUCCUGGGGAUCUGGCAGGAGUGGGAGAUUCAGAAUAACUCUUUUACUGGCAUGUGGAUGAGAGAGGGAGACCCAUGUGGGAACAAGAACAGACAAACCAAGGUGCUUCUGGCUUGUGGAAACAGCAGUAAACUAGCAGGGGUGUCGGAGCCCCAAACCUGUGUUUAUUCCGUAACAUUUGAGACACCAUUAGUUUGCCACCAACACUCCCUCCUGGUUUACCCUACACUCGGUGAGAAGCUGCAGAAGGAGUGGGAUGAGGCUGAACAGGCUCGAUACGACGGUCUCAUCACCGAUCAGGGUUACAGUAAGCUGCUGCGGGACCUGUUCGAGGAGGCGGGUUUCCUGAAGCGCUCCCAGCCGAAACCAGAGGAGCCAGAACGCACCCAGAAGGCCCAGCAGACAAUGGAUCAGUGCAGACAGGACAUUGAGAAGAAAAAUGCUGAAAUUGAAAGACUACGCGCUCUUCUGUCACAACACAACAUUCCCUAUGAUCUGAGCCCUGUCAGACCCAAAGCACCGGUGACUGUUGCUGUACAGGAAGGGCAGCGUCUCCGUGGUGAUACAGGCCUUAUUGCUGAUCUGCUAUGAUUUCACAGGCAGCCGGCAGCCUUCACCCACAGUGCCCAGUUGUGCAAACAUGACCCCAGAUAAUAAUUCUGCUGGUUGACCUCACUUGAUGCAGGCAUCUUAACCAACCGAGGAUUCACUAGCUAACAAUGUUGAAAGACUGCACAAGUUGGGGAACACUGGAAAGUGAAAGUGUCCGCACUGACCAGUUUUCAGAGCCAGGCAGGCAGUGGACAGGAAGAAGUAUUUCAGUACUCCUUAUUCUUCAGUCUUCAGCUACAUUCAGAUAGAACCUACUUGAAGUGACCUCUAAAACGUCUGACAUCUCUGGCUCUGUACUGGGAAUCUACGUUUGAUUCCUUUUUUAUUUAAAAAAAUGUAAAAAUUGACAUUGAUCAUGAACCAACCCAUUUACAUUGACUAGGACCCUGUGGGUAUUUUUUUUAAAGAGCCAGUGGUGUGUAAUAAGGAUCACAUGUGGUCAGUGAAAGGAGAGUUCAAUGGUCCAUUAAUUGCCAUGACAGUACCAUACAAGAGUAUGUACAGAAGAGUGUUUUAUCGUGAAUUAAUAAAGAGCCUGUUUUAAUGAACAUAUUUCUUCAUAUAAUUUUACCUAGCCAUUUUUUUUCUGUCUAUGUUCUUCCAUGUUGUAUAUUUUAUAUAGGAGGAAGGCCAGAUAGAAUUGAUAUCUCAAAUGCACUUUGUAGUGUUUUAAUAAAAUUUGUGGGGGUCUCUGA